GACACUAACACAGACACUAACACUGACACUAACACUGACACUAACACAGACACUAACACAGACACUGCAACUGACAGUCUGACACUGACACUGGAACUGACAGUCUGACACUAACACAGACACUAACACAGACACUGCAACUGACAGUCUGACACUGACACUGGAACUGACAGUCUGACACUAACACAGACACUAACACAGACACUGCAACUGACAGUCUAACACUGACACUGGAACUGACAGUCUGACACUAACACAGACACUAACACAGACACUGGAACUGACAGUCUGACACUAACACAGACACUAACACUGACACUAACACUGACACUAACACAGACACUAACACAGACACUGCAACUGACAGUCUGACACUGACACUGGAACUGACAGUCUGACACUAACACAGACACUAACACAGACACUAACACUGACACUGGAACUGACAGUCUGACACUAACACAGACACUAACACAGGGAUCCCUGUGACACAAUGGCCUGGACGUCGUACCAGCUGCUCCUGGCAGGGAUGAUGUUGACCACUGGAUCCAUCAAUACCCUCUCAGCAAAGUGGGCAGAUAAUUUCAAUGCCAAAGGCUGUAACGGGUCAGAGAGUCACCAGUUCCAGCACCCGUUUCUACAGGCCGUGGGCAUGUUCCUGGGAGAACUCUCCUGUCUGGCAGUUUUGUACAUUCUCAUCUGCAGAAACAGAAGUUCCCCCGUUCCCACCAUCGAACCCUCUCAGCCCUUUAACCCUUUGCUCUUCCUCCCGCCAGCUCUGUGUGACAUGACAGGGACCAGCAUCAUGUAUGUGGCUCUGAACAUGACCAGCGCCUCCAGUUUCCAGAUGCUCCGGGGGGCCGUCAUCAUCUUCACGGGGCUCCUGUCCGUGGCUUUCCUGGGCCGCAAGCUGGAGUGGAGCCAGUGGCUGGGAAUCUUUAUCACUAUAGCCGGACUGGUAGUCGUGGGACUGGCAGAUUUACUCAGUGGCCCCGGGGCCGGCAGAAACCUCAGUGAUGUCAUUACUGGGGACCUGCUGAUUAUUAUGGCUCAGAUCAUCGUGUCCAUUCAGAUGGUCCUGGAGGAGAAGUUUGUGUAUAAACACAAUGUGCACCCGCUGAGAGCCGUCGGCACCGAAGGUCUCUUCGGCUUCGUUAUCCUGUCGUUAUUGCUCAUCCCGUUCUACUACAUCCCGGCCGGGGGUCUGAGCAACAGUGAGCGGCCGGUGCUGGAGGAUUCAUUAGAUGCCUUCUGUCAGAUUGGCAACCAGCCCCUCAUCUUCCUGGCCCUGCUGGGCAACAUCAUCAGCAUCGCCUUCUUCAACUUCGCCGGGAUCAGCGUCACCAAGGAGAUCAGCGCCACCACCCGCAUGGUCUUGGACAGUCUCAGGACCGUCGUUAUUUGGGUGGUGAGUCUGGCCCUGGGCUGGGAGACAUUUCAUGCGCUGCAGAUAUUGGGGUUCAUCGUCUUGUUACUGGGGGCCGCCCUCUACAAUGGACUUCACAAACCCCUAAUGUGCCGGAGGUGCCGGGGAGAGAGCGAGGAGACUCAGGGGCUGCUGCAAGGGGAACGUCGUGACCCCAUUAAUUCUGAUGCCUGAGGCCCUCAGAGGAAAGUCGGGGUCCCCCGUGGCACUGGGUAUAGGAAUAUAAUGUAGGGUACAGCACAGAGAACUCUGGGGGGAAUAUGCUCAUGUGGGGCUCUGGCAUCUUUAAAGAGCAACUCCCAUAUUGUCUGCGGUUAUUUAACCGGACCCCACUCAGUGACUCCCUGAACCCUGAAAUCUUUCCAGUAAAAUCUGCAUCUAGACUGGAGCAUUUCAUGUGGUUCUGCACUUGUGUUUCUGGACCAUUAAAACUCAGACUUGGGCCCCAAAGAGCCCGUACACAAAGCACUCGCUCCCUACCUGAGGGGGGUCAGACUGGUGUCUCCACAUUACACUGGACUAAGAAAUGGGGGUGAGAACAGACCCACGGGACCCCUGUAACCAACCCCUGUCCUGAAUGGGGAUUAAACAUUGGGCUCUGAGCACUUUGUGUGUCCUACCCCUGCCAUGUGCCCCCCUGUGCCCCAUCUCCCCCAUGUCCCCCAUGUGCUCCCCUCUCCCCCGUGUGCUCCAUCUCCCCCAUGUGCUCCCCUCUCCCCCGUGUGCUCCAUCUCCCCCGUGUGCUCCAUCUCCCCCCUAUGUGUCCCCUUCUCCCGCCAUAUUCUCCCCUCUCCCCCAUGUGCAGUUUGGGCUGCAUUCAGUGUAUAUGUAAGUGCAUGUGACUCAUUGAGGCCUGUGAUUGGCUGUUAGUCAUUUCCUUGUGUUUUGGGCAAGUCAUUUAAUCUCCCUUUGCCCCAGGUUCCAGACUUAGACUGUAAGCUCUAUGGGUUAGGGGAAGUAGGAAUAUAUAUUAGCCAGGGCAGGGGCAAGUGGAGACAAGGCACAUUUACCUCAAUGCCCCCAGCACUAGUGACCAGGGAAGGAGGAAAAGGGACAAAACGAAAUAUAUUAUAACAGAGAGGCCAAAUAUACUGACAUAAUAGAUUAAAUAAAUGAGUGGUGCCUUUAUGAGCCAAUCACAGGACUGGAAUUAAAGAUGUGAUUCCCACACUCUAUACAAGUGCCUGUUGUGUAACUGUCGCCCGAGGGCCCCAAGUCCUGCACAGAGAUAACAGGGGCCCCUGGUUCUCCUAUUAGGGACAAAGGGAAACGUCAUGUGAUGUGCAAUGAACUCAUUGGCUGGUGCCACUGCUGAUGUCAAAUGUCACACAAAAUAAAGUUUACUGAUA